AAAUGACCCAUUUAAACACCGCGUUAUAAAGCGAAUAUACCAAAGUCCAUAAAAAGGGGGUGAAGGUGAAGUAAAGAACAAAAAACAUCAAGUCCAUCGUAAAACUGUUAUUGACGCCAUUCAGAAUUUUGUUUUGAUGACAUAAUAAUUGUUUAACGGAAAGAUGGAGAAUAAUUAUACAGAGGAAGUGAGUACGGAUAUUAUGAUAAACCUCGUCACGAUGACAGGUAUACCGAUGUCGACAAUGAACUCGACUGCGACACCGGAAGGUGGGGGUCAAGGAUGGGGCGUGGGCAGGAUCGAAAACAACAUCGCAGUGCGCACCGUCUACGGAAUCAUCGCGAUGACUGGAAUCCUAGGAAACUUCCUCGUCUGCUUCGCGCUCUUCAGGAACGCAACACUGCGCACGCGUACCAGUUACUUCAUCAUCCAUCUCGCCUUCACUGACCUUUUGACCUCUACCUGGACCAUUCCAUUUCACUUGUUUCCCGAUCCUCCGGGAGUGGCUGACAACACGAACGGCGAGAUCGUUUGUAGGCUAUACAUCUCCAAAUUCCCGCUGUGGUGCACCAUUUUCGCCUCCGUAUACAGCCUCGUGAACGUCACCCUCGAGCGAUACUUCGCGGUCGUUCACCCAGUCAAGUACAAGAUCCUAUUCUCUAGGAAGUGGAGUGCUUUGAUGAUGUCUGCGACGUGGGUCAUCGGUUUUCUCUCCAACAUCUACUUCUUCUGGUUGUACGAUGCUAAAGAAGGGUCUUGUGACUUCGUUGGUUAUCCAUCGGUGCCGGCUCAACGCAUCGUGGGAGUCUAUACCUUUGCCGUUGUGUAUGUCAUACCAAUUGUGGCUACCUUGUUCUGCCAUCAUAAAAUGAUCGCAUCGCUCAAGAAACAACUGGAAACUCUGAGACAAGAAAGACGAGAGAAAAGAGCAACAGGUCAAAAGCCAAAGAAGGAUGCUAACGCUUGGCAACUCAAAGCUGCACACGAGAUCCAGAAGACACUCUUGGUCGUCAUCAUCACCUACAUGAUCUGCUGGGCUCCCAAUCAAUUCAUCUUCUUCGCCUUCAAUAUGGGUGCUCCGGUGGACUUCACCCAACCGUACUAUCACGUUUCAGUUGUCUUUGCGCUCUUCAAUUCCUGCCUCAAUCCAUUCAUCUACGUCUACAAAAACAAAUAUUUCAGAAGAGGGUUGUUGGAGUCGUUAGGUUGUCCCGAAGGAAUGCUAACCUUCCUAAACCGGAUUGGACCAGCCAGUACCGGCACAGCAGAAGGGGAGACGCCUACCAAUACCCUGGAAAACACCGCUGGUGCUGGCGUAAGUGGUAGAGCCUCGGGACACAGUACCAACGAUUCCUUGGUUUGAACCGAAUGACAAUAAUUAGGCC